UGGAAUUGACUAUGUAGACCAGGCUGGCCUCGAACUGACAGAGAUUCACCUGCCUCUGCUUCCCAAGUGCUGGGAUUAAAGAUGAGUGCCACCACAGCCCAGAGGACUUGUCUUCUGAAGUCAUCCUGGAGGUUGGUAUUUGGGCACAAGGUAUAGUGCUGCAAUAUUGGGGAGAAGCACUCACUGUGCAGAGGUGAGGAGGCUGAGGUAAGGCCAGAAGCCUGAAAGGGCCAAAUCUUAGAAAGUGACAUUAAUGGUUUUGUGUUAACAGGGAAAAAAAGCUGGAAUCAUUUUAUUUCUUGUUUAUUUUAUACUAUUUUGUAUUUCCAGUACUGACCAUACAUACAAGGCAGAUGCUCCAGUGUUUAACUGUGUUUCCCAGCACUUGGGAGGCAGAGGCAGGCGUAUCUCUGUGAGUUCCAGGCCAGCCUGGUCUCCAGAGCGAGUGCCAGGAUAGGCUCCAAAGUUACAGAGAGAAACUCUGUCGAAACCCCCCCCCCCGAAAAAAGAAAUGAAAUAAAGUAAAGAAACAGUAUGUAUGAUUUCAUGUGUCUGACAAGAGGCAGGUUGUCUUGCUUCAAAUCCUAGCACCACUGUUUUCUAGCUGUUGUUGGGCAAUUUACUAUCCCCAGGCAUAAAUAGAACCUUGCUAGUAUGAUUGUUAGUGUUGACAGGAUUAAUAAAUGAAAGUAUUCAGCACGAUUCAUAGUCACAUUAAGUGUAAGCAGCUGCCCAGUCACUGUUAUUAACUUAUUUAUCAUGUUAGUUUUAGAAUGUUGUUUUUGUUCCAGUGAAAUAUGGCAAACGAUAAUUGUGGCUUAUACUGAGAAUAGUAGCAAAGGAGUCUCUCUUAUUUACUGGGGACAUGUUCCAAGCUCUCCAGUGGUUGCUUAAAGCAUCAGAUAGUGCCAGACUUGUAACUGUUUUAUCCUUUCCAUACUGUCAAUAAAGUAUAACUUACAAAGUAGGCAUAGUAAGAGGUUAAAAAUAAUAGAUAACAACAAAAUAGCUGUGACAGUAUGUUGUGAUAAGUUAUGUGAAUGUGGGCUGUCUUAAACUGCAGGAUUUUCCAUUCAGUGCUUUCAGACUACAGCUGAGCAUAGAUAAUGGACUGUAAAAUUGCAACUCAGGAGACUGCUAUACUGUAUAAGAAAGCUCAGAGCCCAGCAUACCAUGUGCUGGUGGAUGAGUGUGGAAAGGGACCUUGAGAAGUAGAAACCGGAGUCAGUACCUCAAAUAAUCUUUGAGUGACAGUGGUUUAAAUAUAGAAAGAUGCUGCUGUUUUUUGCUGAGGCCUGUCGUAUACUGUUGUUAGUCUUGUGCUUCAGCAUGUUUUAGGUCCUUGCUUUCCUCAGCUAAACAGUGUUUAGACUUCACUGAAUUGUGAUUGUAGGCAUCCUCUUGCCCACAAUAAGAAAGCCUGUAUAAAAUAAAUCAGAAUACAAGUUGGAUCACAUAGUGCUCUGUUCAGAUGUGUAUAUCUCCUGGGAUUAUUACAGAGGCCAUCAUUGGUUUACUUUUACUCUUCUGGGGAUAUGGGGCUUUAUUCAGGCAGAAUUAUACCAUUCCCAUGGCACCCAAUUCCUAGUUAUCUGAAAAAAAAAAUGCUAUAUGAUUUCAAUUUGCGUAGUGUUAGAUUGCAUUGUAAGAUACGAUACUUGUACCUGAAUAUCUGCAUGCUGUCACGUUUGCUAUCACUUGGGUGGGGAGAGAUGAAACAGCAUCACAGCAUCCUUUCAUCAUAUUGGCCAAUAUCCAAUAACUGGUAAAAGAAAAUUGAGGCUGAAUAUUCAAGUCUUCCAGCUAUAACUUUUUAUGUAGCUGAAUUAGAAUUCCUCCAUUGUCAUGUACUGUUAACACACUUCCUUUCUUUGAUACCGUUCUUUGUUCUUGGGAAAGUGGUAACAAAAAUAGGACUUUCCCCCUCACUCCUCUGGUAGUGGCCUUCAGCCCAACUCCUGACUCCUCCCUCUUUUUCCAUCCCCCUCCUUUCAGUCCCUCACCACCCACCCACCCCUGUAGUUACUGCCCAUUUUUCUUACUGGCAGUCUGGAUUCUACUCAUUUGCCUAAGAGGGGGAUUCUAGACAGACAAGAGACAGCUUUCAGAUGCUGCACUGCUGGCAACCCACGUCAGUGCCCACAGUGCAGUGUAAAAACUCAGAGCUUCUCUCUGGCGAUGAAUUCAAAUGCCCAAGAUUCUAGAAUGUGUGUGAGCACAAGUGUUUUUCUUCCCUUCCCCCUUUCUUCCUUUUCCCAAGCCCCUUCCUCCUGCUUCCCCUCCUACUCCUUUAUCCCCUCCCUCUGUGCUGUGCCUUAGUUCUGUUGUACAGGGGCUGAAGUACAGUGCUGCAUUGCAAGGCUUUCUGUUAAGGAUUUAUUGUGGCUUUUGUUUGGAUUUCAGCAUGCAGAAUUACAGGUAAUUGGGCUAAGCAUUUAAAUUCUAUGCAUUCUAAGCAUUUAAAUUAAAGACGUUUUCAGAAGUAAAUAGUGCAUUGGAUGUAAUGGAGAAAAUUAAUCUUGGUUAAUUUUGAUCAAUGAUAAUUGUGGCCAAAUAUUUUCAGGAUUGCCAUAAGAAGGUUUUCUCUCCCACAACAGGUUAAAUAAAAGAGAAUGGAUCUGUAAUUGCUUUCCUUUUAUGUUAAUCUUGGAGUUGCAGUCAGUGUAGCUGCUCCUCUGGAGUAACUGUCCUUUAUGGAGGCUGCUGCUGAGACUGAAGGGGUGGAGGGUGGCAGUGAGAGCUAGCUAGGGUCUUUGACUAGAGGACAUGGAAUGCAGAAUGUAAAAUGCUCUCUCCUUUUCUUCUAUCAGCUGUUCAGAGGAGACACAUCACAACUCCUGCUGAAGCUCCUAAUCCUCCUCCCUCCGCCCCUCCCCCCUCCCUCACUUGGUGCAUGGUGAACAUGUCAGUAUGGCAGAGUCUGGGACUGUCCAGACAACUGCCAUUGGCUCUCCCUAUUCCAGGAAGAAUUCAAAGGGAAAUUGCACGGCAGGCAAUGCACCAUAGCAGCAGCAGCAGCAGUACCAGGAACCUGGUGACUAGGGUUCCCUGGCAUUGUCACACCCAAGGGUGACUGCAGUGACAAUAGCUGCUCCUGGGAACUGUGGCAGCAUGAAGUGCGAGCCAGUUCCUGAGCACGAGAUGAACUCCACCUUGGAUAGUGAUCAGAGCAGCCAUCCUUUCUGUCUCCUGGCACUGGGCUACUUGGAAACUGUCAGUUUUUGUCUUUUGGAAGCACUGAUUGUUGUCUUUCUAACCGUAUUGAUUAUUUCUGGCAACAUGAUUGUGAUUUUUGUGUUUCACUGUGCACCUCUGUUGAACCAUCAAACCACAAGUUAUUUUAUCCAGACAAUGGCAUAUGCUGACCUCUUGGUUGGGGUGAGCUGCCUGAUCCCUUCCUUGUCACUGCUGCACUACCCCCUUCCUGUGGAGGAGGCCAUGACUUGCCAAGUAUUUGGCUUUGUAGUGUCAGUUCUGAAGAGUGUCUCCAUGGCUUCUCUGGCCUGUAUCAGCAUUGAUAGAUAUAUCGCCAUCACUAAGCCUUUAACCUAUAAUAUGCUGGUUACUCCCUGGAGACUACGCUUUUGUAUUUUUCUGAUUUGGCUGUAUUCUGCCCUGGUGUUCCUGCCUUCCUUCUUCCACUGGGGCAAACCUGGAUAUCAUGGAGAUGUGUUUCAGUGGUGUGCAGAGUCCUGGCACACCAACCCCUACUUCACAUUGUUCAUCGUGGUGAUGCUGUACGCCCCAGCUGCCCUCAUUGUCUGCUUCACAUAUUUCAACAUCUUCCGCAUCUGCCAGCAGCACACAAAAGAAAUCAGCGAAAGGCAAGCCCGAUUCAGCAGCCAGAAUGGGGGUGCUGGGGAAGCCCAGACCUCUCCAGAUAAGCGCUAUGCCGUGGUCCUAUUCAGAAUCACAAGUGUGUUUUAUGUCCUCUGGUUGCCAUACAUUAUCUACUUCCUGCUGGAAAGCUCCACUGGUUUCAGCAACCGCCUUGCAUCCUUCCUGACUACCUGGCUUGCCAUUAGUAACAGUUUCUGCAACUGUAUCAUUUAUAGUCUAUCCAACAGUGUUUUCCAACAAGGAUUAAAGGGCCUCUCAGGGACUGUGUGUACUUCUUGUGCAAGUCACACUACAGCCAAGGACCCCUACACAGUUAGAAGCAAAGGAUCCCUCAAUGGAUGCCAUAUCUGAGGGGGCUCAUAGACUCAGUCUUUUUGUUUGUAGGGAGGAAGGGUGGCUUUGGUUCUCCUUUAUCCUUCUGUUCCUGUGCUCCCAGUUCACAAGAUCUAGAGCAGGAUAAUUUUACUCUGAGCAGCUGGAGACUAUCCAUAUACCUUCUCAGAUGGCAGAAGUUGUUUCCUAAAUAAGAUUUAAAAUUAGAAGAAUCGGAAUCAUGAAAAAAAUCACUUGAUGCAAUUCAAUUUCUUUUUGAAAUGUCAUGGAAGUGACUGCAGUUUCAGAUUCAAAAGGAAUAAAGCCAUAGCUAACACCUCUUCCAGCUGUUAUGACUGAACUCGGGUGUGAAAAGUAUCAGCACUUAAAAAAAAAAAUCACCAUUUUCUUUUCCCUUUUCUGGAUUCUUACAAGAAACUUGAAACUUGUGUGCAAUUCAUAUCUUCUAACAGGGAGUAUUAAAAGAGACUGGUAAACUAACAAGGAUUUUCUUUAUCUGUGCCAAAAUACAGCUGCACUGCAGGUUUCCCCACUCAUUUAGAUAGUGAAUGUCUUGAGAGAUCUCCAUAGGAUGAAUAAUGUGAACACUGAGCACUACUUUUAGAGUUUUGAAAUGAAGCAUGAAGCAACCAUACAGUGAAGUCACACAGUUUGUGAGAAACAGCUGCUUUCACUCCAUGCCUGUGAACUUUGUGUAUAUGUGCAUAGAAGUGACAUCAUAGUGCUUCUUCCUGUGCCUCUGUGUUUGUGAAUAUUGAGAGUAUUUACAUUGAAUUGGAUUUCUUUUUAUAACAAAAUGUACUUAAUCUAAAUAAAUAAUAGAUGGAUAGCU